GCUAAACAUACGAGAGAUGUGGAAAUCAUGGUCUGUUACACACAGAUCAAAACCUCAGGACCAAUUCUUCAUUUCUCAUUAACCACUAAGAGUUUGUAAAUCGUGGACCAACCAGACUUUGCUAUGAUGGUGUUGCUCCAGUUUAUUCCUCCUGCUUCUCUCCUCUUAUUAGUCGUAAUGACCGUUGUUGAAUCCCAGCAAGAUUCGAGAGUGCAUUAUACACAGCAGUCUAUCUGUGCUCUAAAAGGAUCUACAGUGACUAUGGGAUGCACUUACAAAUAUAAUGUUUUUUUCAACGCUAAAAGAGUUUUCUGGAGCAAAAAAGAGUCUACGGUAGCUACAGUGAACGAGCCUCCUGAUCUGUCUUUAGACCCUGAGUACAGAGGCAGGGUUCAGUACAUCAGAGAGACACUGCAUGACUGCAAGCUCAGACUGAGCAAUGUGACAAAACAGGACCAAAGUAUAUAUUUCGCAAUAAUUAUAAUGACAUCUGGGCGAAAGUUAGAAGGUAGAAGUGGAGUCAACCUUUCUGUCACAGAGCUUCAGGUGGACAUGGUUCCUGAUAGCGUGCUUGAGGGAGAUCCAGUCACUUUCACAUGUGAAACCACCUGCAGGCUGACUGACACUCCGACAUUCACCUGGUACAAAAGUGGAAGUGAAUUAUACUCCAUCUACAACUUUGGCCUGCUUCAUCUGCCAGCAGUCAGUCAGGAGGAUUCAGGCAGCUACAGCUGUGCUGUAAAGGGGCAAAGUUAUCGCUCCCCUGCUGUUACUCUUAAUGUCUACUAUCUUCCAAAAAGUGUCUCAGUGUCCAUCAGUCCCUCUGGUGAGAUAGUGGAGGGCAGUUCAGUGACUCUGACCUGCAGCAGUGAUGCUAACCCACCUGUGCAUGACUACACCUGGUAUAAGGAAACAUCCUCUAUAGGAACAGGACAAUCUUAUAUCAUCCACAGGAUCAGGUCUGAGGACAGUGGAGAUUACAAGUGCAAGGCCAGAAAUUAUUAUGGAGAGAAAUACUCUGAUGGAGCAACUUUAAAUGUUUUGUAUCCUCCAAAGAGAGUCUCAGUGUCCAUCAGUCCCUCUGGUGAGAUAGUGGAGGGUAGUUCAGUGACUCUGAUCUGUAGCAGUGAUGCUAACCCACCUGUGCAUGACUACACCUGGUAUAAGGAAACAUCCUCUAUAGGAACAGGACAAUCUUAUAUCAUCCACAGGAUCAGGUCUGAGGACAGUGGAGAUUACAAGUGCAAGGCCAGAAAUUAUUAUGGAGAGAAAUACUCUGAUGGAGCAACUUUAAAUGUUUUGUAUCCUCCAAAGAGAGUCUCAGUGUCCAUCAGUCCCUCUGGUGAGAUAGUGGAGGGCAGUUCAGUGACUCUGAUCUGUAGCAGUGAUGCUAAACCACCUGUGCAUGACUACACCUGGUAUAAGGGAACAUCCUCUAUAGGAUCAGGACAAUCUUAUAUCAUUAACAGGAUCAGGUCCGAGGACAGUGGAGAGUACAAGUGCAAGGCCAGAAAUCGAUACGGAGAGAAAUACUCUGAUGGAGCAACUUUAAAUGUUUUGUAUCCUCCAAAGAGAGUCUCAGUGUCCAUCAGUCCCUCUGGUGAGAUAGUGGAGGGCAGUUCAGUGACUCUGACCUGCAGCAGUGAUGCUAAACCACCUGUGGUGAGCUACACUUGGUUUAAAGGAACAUCCUUCAUUAGAACAGGACAAUCUUACAUCAUUAACAGGAUCAGCUCUGAGGACAGUGGAGAGUACAAGUGCAAGGCCAGAAAUCGAUACGGAGAGAAAUACUCUGAUGGAGUGACUCUAAAUAUUUUGUAUCCUCCAAAGAGUGUCUCAGUGUCCAUCAGUCCCUCUGGUGAGAUAGUGGAGGGCAGUUCAGUGACUCUGACCUGCAGCAGUGAUGCUAAACCACCUGUGCAUGACUACACCUGGUAUAAGGGAAGAUUCAUUGUAGAAUCAGGAAAAACCUACACCAUUAACAAGUUCAGCUCUAUGAACAGUGGACAAUACAUGUGCAAGGCCAACAAUCUAUACGGAGAGAAAUACUCUGAUGGAGUCACUCUAAAUGUUUUGGAUCCUCCAAAGAGAGUCUCAGUGUCCAUCAGUCCCACUGGUGCGAUAGUCGAGGGCAGUUCAGUGACUCUGACCUGCAACAGUGAUGAUAACUCAGUGAAAUAUACCUGGUUUAAAGGAACAUCAGUUAUAGGAACAGCAAAAACCUACACCAUUAGCAAGAUCAGCUCUAAGGACAGUGGAGAGUACAAGUGCAAGUCCAGCAAUCAAUAUGGAGAGAAAUACUCUGAGGAAGUGACUGUAAAAGUUUUGUAUCCUCCCAAGAGAGUCUCAGUGUCCAUCAGUCCCUCUGGUGAGAUAGUGGAGGGCAGUUCAGUGACUCUGACCUGCAGCAGUGAUGCUAACCCACCUGUGCAGAACUACACCUGGUUUAAGGGGACGACAUCAGUAGGAAAAGGAAAGGCCUACAUCAUCUCCAAGAUCAGCACUGAGCACAGUGGAAAGUACAAGUGCAAGUGCAGUAAUGAAGUCGGACAUCAGGACUCCAUCAGUGUAACUCUGAAUGUUCUGUAUCCUCCCAAGAGAGUCUCAGUGUCCAUCAGCUCCUCUGGUGAGAUAGUGGAGGGCAGUUCAGUGACUCUGACCUGCAGCAGUGAUGCUAACCCACCUGUGCAGACCUACACCUGGUAUAAGGUGAAUGAAAGCUCACCUGUAGGAUCUGGACAGAGUUACAACUUCACUCUGAGGUUCAACAGCAGUGGAUUGUUUUACUGUGUGGCUCAGAAUAAAUACGGGAAUCAGAGAGCAGCUGCAGUGCCUGUGACUUUAAAUGUGACUCCAUCUUCAGACCACAGUUUCGGUGUCAUGGAUUUGUGUGUAGCUGUUGGAGUCGGCAUCUGUGGGGUCGCAGCUUUGAUUGCUGCACUUUUCUGCAUGAGGAGGACGAGGCAGAAGAGAAACGCGGUUAAACAUCAGGAUGGUGGCACUGGUGCUGAAGACAGCACAUACACUUCUCUUAAACCCCUGACCAGGUCCUCCAAUGAUGUGUACAGCACACUUGCAACGGUUCACCCCAGACCUCCUGAUAACACGUAUGCAGCUCUGGAUCCUCAGUCCAUCUCUUCUGAUUAUGACACAUUAACCGUUGAGAAAAAGCAUCGCUGAGAUAAUCAUCACCACAGAGAGAGAGAGAGAGAGAGAGAGAGAGAGAGAAGUACUACAUUAACAAAAUAACUGCAUGUGCCUGGUUUUUUUGCAUAACCUUAUUAUAUAUUUUGUUUUUCUAUUUGUGCAUUAUCUUAAAUUAGAAUAAGGAACAGUGGAACAUUAAUUUUAUUUCCUCUCAAGUCACAAAAUAGUAAAGCGCUCAUCCUUCCACCAGGAGAUUGGGAGUUUGAAUCCUGAUGUCUGUGUAUGGGAGUCUAGACUGCAAAAUUACUUGUGGAUAUUACUCUCUCUCUCCUGUCAAUCACAGUGAUAUUAACAAAUCGUGGGCAUCUAUGAGCUCAUGUAUGCUGAAGAGGGCAGAUAGCACCUUCUUCUGGGUUAAAUAAAGUGUUACCAAAGCAACAUAAAUGUUACCAAAGCAACAUACUGUACUUUGUUUGAUUCAUUUUUUAAUUCCAUGCAGCAGUGUUAUUGCGCUCAUGUCUUUUUGUUUGAGUUUACUCCACUUGCUGUUGUUUAUGACACAUGCUUUUGUUCUUGUUUUGGUCUCUGCCUAUCAUGCCCCUUUGGCUGAUUACCUUAAUGUGUUCACCUGUUCUGUGUCACACCUUGAUUAGUCCGGUUAUUUCUGCCGUGAUUUUUUUCGUCCCACUCAUAGUAUUAUAUUGCUUUAUGUCCUUAGUCCCCUUUGUCUCUGAGUCUACUUUCUGUGUUCCUUGUUCCUGGUUUUGAUCAGUUGUGCUACCUGACUGUGUUUUGACCCCAGCAAUGGACAUUUGUUAGAAUUACUGGAUUUGCCCAAAUAAAGAAAGCGCUGAGUUUA